AUGGCGGCCCGUCCUCUGGACAUGAAGAUGCUUCGCCCGAAGGCGAAUAGUCUUGGGAACGGGUAUGAACGCUGCGACGACUACGCCUGCUCUCGAACCGGACAGUCAUUUGUAGACCGGAGUAUGCGGGGGCUGGCUACACCGUCCAUCAUGACCAAUGGGAGUAUAUGCGGCCGGCGGCGCGUCCACUCCCGGCAUACCCUCCAUAGGCGGCCUCACGAAGAACGCACCGGGCUGGCUCUACAUCGGCCUCUCUUCCUCAUCAACGCCCUCGACGAACCCUACGAAGAUCGUAUCGGCUUGCUCAUGAAUGCUCUGCGGGUUCCCGUAUGGUUAACUGAGGUAUCGCAAAUCUCGAAGCACCGCGUUAAUGUUCCUUCACACCCCUUCGAUCAGCCUCGAUCGCUUCUCCGGACGGCCGUAAAUCCAUCCCACUGCGAACUGGCGCUUCUUCUCAAAGUCGCAUCACCUCAACAAUGGCUCGACAUCAUUUACGCACCGCUUUGCACCUGCGAGGGGGACGCCGACCCGACGUAG